AUUUAACCAAUCAAGGUUAAAGCCAUUUAUCAAAGUGAAAUACAUGUACCUUAUUUUUUAUAUUUUUAUUUUGAUCGGGUUCGGUUGACAGUUUAUGUUAGCCAACCCGUAUAGAAUUAUUCCUCUCUUUCCUGGGGUUAUUAGUGUUACCCAAAUAGUACAUUUGACGUCACACCAAGUCGUGUCAUCAGUCGACGCUGAAACUUUCAAAGAUAGACAGAAUGCCGAAGCGCAAAGCAAACAGUAAUAGUCAGCCCACGCCAAGGAAAGGUCAAAGGAGAGGACGGGGUCCUCGAUCGGCGAAUGCUGUCGCUGCAGCAUCGGCUGUCCCCUCAUUGCUGUUGGAUCCUUCAGCACAUGACCAUUCUCAGCUACCAGUUAGCAAUCUUCCAGCAUCUCCGCAACCAGCGGUGUUGACAGCAGACCAACUGAGACAGGUCACUGAAAGCGUAGCAGAUUUGAUAAAGGAAUCACAGGGGGGUGUAGUAGAACCAGCAUCCUCCCCUAUUUUGGAUGAAACGUCAGGUGAUACAAUUAUUUCUAGUGCAUGUAGGGCAGCUGUGCCCAGCUACGACAAUGAGUUAGGACAUAACGUCCCAAACAAUGUAAAAAUAAAGAUUGCCAAUGGGGAGUACAUAAAUUUAGGUAUACUGCUUAAUAAUAUCCCAGAAACUGACCCCAAUGAUGACACCAAAUAUUUUUCUCUAAAAGACGGGAAACUUGCAGUCACUAAUAAGCCUAAAGCAAAACCCAUUACGGACAUACAAGUAUGGACUGACGCUUUCCUUAUCUUUUCAACGAUUUAUGCAUCCGCUCAUCCCCAUGCAGCAGUAUCUUUGUUAAAAUAUAUGCACACAAUACGGUUAGGCGCCAGUCGUAUUAUGGGGUUGGGCUGGCGGGACUAUGACAUCCAGUUCCGUCUUAAAAAAGAGCGUAAUCCUGUUUUAUCAUUUGCAGUAGUUGACCAAGAGUUGUGGUUGCUCUAUAUGUAUAACAGACCUAUGACGGUGCAGACUGUGCAGGGAUCAGAACCCAAACCCCCAUCACUCAAGUGUUAUGAUUUUAAUUAUAAAGGUACAUGUCCAAGACAACAAUGUCAGUACAGUCACACUUGUAUCCUUUGCUCACAGCCACACCCACACAAUAAGCACAAAGAUAUAACUCGCUCUCCAUCAAAUCUUGUGUCGGCAAACACGCAGUCAGCAUGGUGCUCCUUGCCCUCAGAAACUCAAGCAGCCCCAAAUACCUAUAACAGACCCGCAUCGAGUUCAUCCCAGUCUUUUAGACAUCAAUAGUAAACCCCCCCCCCCCCCCCCUUAAAAUUGCGAGCCUUGCAAAAUGCUCAACAAAUUAUCCUCUCGACACAUUUUGCACCUGAAUUUCUUGGAAUGUUUUCAUUUUGGUUUUUAAGCUCAGUUACAACUUACAAGGGCUCUAGACAGUAGACAAGCAUACGAUUGUGAGAAUCCUGAGUCUUUAAGGUAUAUUUUAUUGACGAAGCCGAAGAGUUACAUGUAAUAAAGAAAUAACCCUGGGAAGAGUGACUGUCCCUAUUUGACACCCCCCCCCCUGCUUAACCUAAAAUUUGUCCCCUCACAUACCUGUUUCUGGAAGGGGUAAGUUGGUAGAUUUAAGGUUAAAAGUUGAGUAAUAUUUUGUAAAGUUUUAGAAUUUAGAUAUAAGGGUGGGUUACUCAAAUUUUGCGGAAACUGGUCAAGUGACUAUUAUAGUAUGUUCUCAAUUCUUACCUCGGCGACAUGGGGGGGGGGGGGGCAUUAAUCAGCAAGGUGUGAUGUAGUUAAAGGUUACAGCAAGGGUUCCAAGUUUUCAUUUCAUACCUGGAAUGAAAGGUUUUUAUCAGCACAGGGAGAGUUUGGGCCAUGGCUGCGCUAUGACUAGUUAUGGGGUCAUAGUGCUAGUCAUUUACUUACAUGUAAUUUGGCGCCUUGCAUUUGCUUGUGACUAGUCCUUUAGUUGGCGAUACAUUUUCGCUUACUCAGUAUUUGGGCAGUGAUUUUGCCGCUCUGCAUUGCAUUGCUGACAACAACUUUGCUUAUUUGGGCAAUACUUUGCCCCCAAGUUAUUUGCAUAUUAAUGGUAUUUUAGGACCAGUAAUGAAUUUAUUUUAGACAUAUCGCAGUUCAAAGUAAGUUUUUCUUAGGAAGGGGGUGGUUUACUAAAGUUCUGUCACGCUUUCCCUACUGGUGGCGCAGACCAUGUUUGACAUGGUCUCGUGGCGGCUAUUAGGCUCACCAGUAGGCUUUCGGAACUUAUUGUCAUUUAAUUGAAUAUAUUGUGUGCAUUUUGGACUAGUCACGAAAGGUGAACAUCUGUUCCCAGGGUUCCCUUUGCAUUUUUAGGGAUGCCAUUACAAGGCAGAAUAUUGAUGCCUCGGCUCCCUCAUUUCAGCGGCCGUGGCCCAUUCAGCCAAAUAAAAUAGUUUCUGAAUUUUCCUUUGCUUGUUUUGUCAUUGAAUGCUACAAGGUAUGUGCGCAUUGGGCAAUCCCUGUUAUUUUCAAGUGUUUUUCAUCUUU